AUGAUUUCAUUGUUUACUUCAUUGUGCACAAGUAUAGAAAGUAAUGGAAUAUUCAGUAAGGUCUAUGAUAACAAAAUUGUUGUUAUAGAAACUAGUGGAUCAUCAAAACAGUACAUAAACGGAAGUCUACAAUUAACAAAGCCAGAAUACGCUAUUUAUCCAUGGGAUAAGAAAUAUGAUUGGUGCUCAAAUUGCGGACACACAUAUGAAGAGCAUCCAUGGAUUACUUUCUCCCUAAAUUCAAGAAAAUUCAAAAUUCACGGCUACUUUGUGAGAGCAGGCUGCUGCUAUGGCACUGCACAAUGCUGUUGCGAGGAUGAAUAUUACCACUACUGUGUACGCUGCUGCCUCUUCAGUUGGUCCCUUCAAAUUUCAAAUGAUAAUAAAACAUGGAAAGAUGUUCACAAGGUUGAGAAGGACUACGACAUGAAGUACUGCAAGGAAAAGAGCUACGAAUUCAAAGAAACUUACGAGGCAAAGUACGUCCGUUUAAUUCAAGACCAGUCAUGCCCAGGAGAUCCUCCAUGCAUCGCUAUCAACAAGCUCGACUUGUUUGGAGAGGUCAUCGAUGAAGGAGAAAGCGGAGAAGAAAACUUUGUUUCAUAUCACGAUGAUGACGAUGAUGUCAGCAUCAUUGGACACAUUUCAAAGAAUGGCAAUGUUAAGAUUAACUAA